AUGACGUGUACGUCUUCGAUGUUCGACAGAUCAGCUCCAGGUCGAAUCGUGUGGUGUGUAAGUCACGGGAAUCACACACUUUACCGUGUGGAGAUCGCGUCUUUUGGGAUCUCUGACCGAAUUCCGUUAAUAAACUCCACCCUAUCCUCCCCUCGGGAUGUCUUUCCCGGCGGCGCCCAGUCGGGACUCGAGUCGCGCGGCGAGCGCGCCUCGGCCGCGCCUCUCUCGAGCCUCCUCCAUCCCGCCCACGAGCAAAUCCCCGAGUACAACGCGUUCCCUCGGCCUCGGCCCUCGGACCCUCUGACCCACCUCACAAGAACUCUAUCUGAUCUAUUCCGCACUACGAGCAGGUACGUGGUCCUCUUCUUCACACCCGCUGUGUCGAUCUUCGCCUUCGGCUAAGUUGCCCUUCUCUCGCUCCAUCGGAUUGCACCACUUCGUACUCGCCCUCUGGAGGAGCCCCGGUGAGCGGACGGGUCAUCGGGGUAUACCUGAAUCAUGCCUACUUCCCGUACGACAAUAGGUUUGAUACGUGUUUUGUUGGGUCACACUUACAGUAUUGGUCAAUUCAAUCUCAACACGGACCAUGUCUGAACGUGAGUGUAUGUCUACAGCUGUAGGGCUUGCUGGAGCACCAGGAACAAACUUUAUUAAGUUGAGAGCUUCUUAGUUGAAUCAAUUGUGUGGGGACGAAAUUCAAUGAAGUGAUGUUUUAUCCAAAGUGAUGCUUGAUGAAAGCGCGGUCCAAAUACCACCGUAGAAUCCACCAAUUUUUUGUAGGAGAGAAUGUUGAAUGGGGAGGACGCAUGUACGAACAGCAGUGCAAUAAUUGAUAUACUGAGAGGUCUUUUCUGUUCUGGUCUUUAACGCUGUCACGUCCAUCAAGAACAGCGUGCUAACUUGCAGCUGAAUCACCGUAAGAUCUCUAUGAGCUGUGAUGGGCGAUUGGAAGUGCACAAAUAUGAAAUCUGGAAGUAUUCUGGACCA